AGAUAAUCUGCGACGAAGAAAAUAGAGUGUGGACUACUGUUAUGAAAAUAUAGUUAGCCAUCAAUGAUUCAAUAUAUGAUUUAUCAUUCCGAUGAGAUUUUAUAUGUUUAUAUGAAGCUUUAUGAAGCUUUAUAGCUUUAUAUGUUAGUACUUAUUUGAUGAGGUCAGCUCAACGGCAUAUCUUUAGACCCAAGGCCCUCAACUCAAGACGACAAUCCGAAGCUCUUGAAAUAUCAUUCUGUUGAUCAAAGGUCAUGUAAUAUGCACAUAUGUUUGUGAUAAGACAGUUGUGUAGCAAUAAUACUUAGACGCUGGAUAACCAGGUGUACUGUAGCUUUAGUUUUUCUUCUGCUAUUUGCAAAGCAUUUAUCAAAACUGCUGCAAAAGGUCCUAAGAAACUUGGGAUGUCUACUGCAUUAGAAGCCAGAGAGAGGUCAUUCUUUCUCAAUGGAGAGAAGCUAGUGCUUGUCAGCGGGGCAGUCCACUACUUCAGGAUUGUACCAGAGUAUUGGAGGGACAGGCUUAUCAAGAUGAAGGCAUGUGGUCUCAAUGCUGUAGAAACGUAUGUUCCUUGGAAUCUUCAUGAAGAAGUCAGGGGAGAAUUUAACUUUGAGGGAAUGCUAGAUGUCAGAAAGUUUAUUCAGAUUGCCCAAGAGGUGGGCCUGCUUGUGUUGUUUAGACCAGGGCCCUACAUAUGUGGAGAGUGGGACUUUGGAGGUCUACCCAGUUGGUUGCUGCAUGACCCUGAGAUGAAGGUUCGCUCAUCCUACAAGCCAUAUACUGAUGCUGUUGGUGCUUAUUUUGGCAAACUUCUCCCCCUUGUGGAAGACCUACAGUUCAGCAAAGGGGGGCCUAUUGUUGCCAUGCAAGUUGAGAAUGAAUAUGGUUCAUAUGGCAACGACAAGGAAUAUAUCAGUUUUCUCAAGGCUACUAUGGAGAAGUACAAGAUGACAGAGUUGUUUUUUACCUCAGAAAAUGGUAUGGGUGUCCAGAGAGAUAAUCUGCCUGGUGUACUGGUCACUGCAAACUUUCAGGAAUAUGACCAUGGCUAUAUGAUCUUUGAGUACUUAAAGAACAUCAAGCAGCCAGACAUGCCUCUAAUGGUGAUGGAGUUCUGGACUGGAUGGUUUGAUCAUUGGACUGAGAAGCAUCAUGUUUGGAAGUCUAAAGAGUUUAAGAAGGUGUUAGAUUACAUCCUGUCUGAGGGCUCCUCUGUGAACUUCUACAUGUUUCAUGGAGGCACAAACUUUGGUUGGAUGAAUGGAGCCAAUGAGGGCCUGGGGGCCACCAAUGAGGCUGGGAAGGAACCCUAUAGGGCAGAUGUCACAAGCUAUGAUUAUGAUGCACCUUUAGCAGAAAAUGGAGAUGUCACAGAAAAGUUUCAUCUGAUCAAAGAACUGGUCCAGAAAUAUCUACCUAAUCAAGUUACUUCCCUACCUGAUCUGCCACCUAACAUCCCCAGCACAACAUAUGGUAAACUGAGCAUGACAUCAUAUCUCAAUAUGAAUGAUCUUCUUACCUUCAUCAAGCAAAUAGAGAGUAAGAAGGUGGUUCCGAUGGAGAUGUUAGACAUAAACAAUGGAGGGGGUCAAUCAUUUGGCUUUAUCCUGUACAGGACCACCAUUAGCCAGGGGAAACAAGUAAAACUAACUGGUACAGUGAAAGAUAGAGCAAUUGUGUACCUUAAUGGGGAACAAAUAGAUGUGCUAGACUGUACAGUAGAGGACCAUGUUAUACCAUUGGAAUUGGCAUCUGGAGAGAAUACACUGGAGAUACUGGUGGAGAAUAUGGGUAGGGUUAACUAUGGUGACUUUCAGAGUCCAAUCCUCAAUGACCAGAGAAAAGGUCUUAGAAAUGAUGUGCAAUUAGAUGGGAAAGUGAUCAAUUCAUGGAUAAUUUUUCCAAUGGAGUUCAAGAAAUCAUUCCUCCAAGAUAUAUCAGAAUCUUUCAAGUGGAUGAACUCAGAUUCUUCAGUAAAUGUUUUGAAGAGCCCCAGACUAUUUAAAGCCACAUUAGAUAUUAGUUCUACACCACAAGACACUUACAUAGACAUGCAGGGCUGGGACAAAGGUAAUGUGUUUGUGAAUGGCUUCAAUCUUGGUCGUUACUGGGAGAUAGGCCCACAACAAACUCUAUAUAUACCCGCCCCCCUCUUGAAAGAAGGACAAAAUGAGAUUCAAGUAUUUGAGCUGUCUAAAACUAAUGGAGGCCUAGUGACAUUCUGCGACAAGCCAAACCUUGGAGAGCUUGCUGAGCAUACAUCUGACUUUGAUAACACCAUAGUUAUUCAGUCCUAGUAUUUGAGCUACACAGUGCCAAGUCGGCAGUUUCCCUCACAGACAAGCCACAUUUAGGAGAGACUGUUGACCAAAAACUAAACAUUCCUUUUCAUUUACAAAUAUGGCUUAAUGCUUUGAAAUUAAUUUUAAGAUAUGGUGGCUGGUUAGCAUGGCCAAUUUUAAAAAGAAUUAUGUGAUUUUUAUUCGUGAUUUUCAGUUGUGUAAUAGAACUAUAUAGAACAACAACAAAAAUCAGUGAAUUCCAAUAGUGAUACAAUGGUGAGCUAUUUCUGUAGAAAAUUGUAAAGUAGCUUUGAUGUUAAGUGGUGAUAUAGAUUAUUACAAAUGAAAGUGUGUAUACCAUGAAGGUUUGGAUACCGGUGCCAUGUAUUAGGGUUGAAUGAAAAGACCCAAAACUUGUCUUAUUCAUUCCAUCUUGAAUUGUUUAUGAUAAAGAAUGACAAAUAAAUUGAAAUUACAUAUUUUGUGAACAA